GCCGGCGUCCCGGCCUCGCGCUGCACAUUCUCUCCUGGCGGCGGCGCCACCUGCGGUCGCGUUCGCCCGAACAUGGCGACACGGAGCAGCAGGAGGGACUCGCGACUCCCCUUCCUCUUCGCCCUGAUCGCGCUGCUGCCGCCCGGGGCUGUCGGCGAGGUCUGGCCGCAGACGCUGCCCGGCGGCCGCGCGCUCCGGCCCCAGGACCGGGGCUUCCUCGUGGUGCGGGGCGACCCGCGCGAACUGCGGCGGUGGGCGCGCGGGGCGCCCCGGGGGGCGGACGAGAAGCGGCUCCGGAGGAGACGGAGCGCUGCCCUGCAGCCCGAGCCCAUCCAGGUGUACGGACAGGUUAGCCUGAAUGACUCCCACAAUCAGAUGGUGGUACACUGGGCCGGAGAGAAGAGCGAUGUCAUCGUGGCCUUAGCCCGGGACAGCCUGGUGCUGGCGAGGCCCAGGAGCAGUGAUGUGUACGUGUCUUACGACUACGGAAGAUCAUUCAAGAAAAUCUCCGAGAAGUUCAACUUUGGCGUGGGAAACAGCAGUGAGGCUGUGGUCGCCCAGUUCUACCACAGCCCUGCGGACAACAAGCGUUACAUCUUUGCAGACGCUUAUGCCCAGUACCUCUGGACCACGUAUGACUUCUGCAACACCAUCCAAGGCUUCUCCAUCCCUUUCCGGGCAGCCGACCUCCUCCUGCAUAGUAAGGCCUCCAACCUUCUCCUGGGCUUUGACAGGUCUCACCCCAACAAGCAGCUAUGGAAGUCGGACGACUUUGGCCAGACCUGGAUCAUGAUUCAGGAGCAUGUCAAAUCCUUCUCUUGGGGAGUCGAUCCAUACGAUGAACCCAACACCAUCUACGUCGAACGGCACGAGCCCUCUGGCUACUCCACAGUUUUCCGAAGUACAGACUUCUUCCAGUCCCGGGAGAACCUGGAGGUCGUCCUGGAGGAAGUGAGGGACUUCCAGCUCCGGGACAAGUACAUGUUUGCCACAAAGGCGGUGCAUCUCUUCGGGAGUCCGCAGCCAUCUUCUGUUCAGCUCUGGGUCUCCUUUGGCCGGAAGCCCAUGAGAGCAGCCCAGUUUGUCACAAGACAUCCUAUUACUGAAUAUUACAUCGCAGACGCCUCCGAGGACCAGGUGUUUGUGUGUGUCAGUCAUAGUAACAACCGCACCAACCUGUACAUCUCAGAGGCAGAGGGGCUGAAGUUCUCCCUGUCCUUGGAGAAUGUCCUGUACUACAGCCCAGGAGGGGUGGGCAGUGACACCCUGGUGAGGUAUUUUAUGAAUGAACCAUUUGCUGACUUUCACCGCGUGGAGGGGUUGCAGGGGGUGUACAUUGCUACUCUGAUUAAUGGCUCCAUGAGCGAGGAGAACAUGAGAUCCGUCAUCACCUUUGACAAAGGGGGAACCUGGGAAUUCCUUCAGGCCCCAGCCUUCACAGGAUACGGAGAGAAAAUCAACUGUGAGCUCUCGCAGGGCUGCUCCCUCCACCUGUCCCAGCGGCUCAGCCAGCUGCUCAGCCUCCAGCUGCGGUGGAUGCCCAUCCUGUCCAAGGAGUCGGCGCCCGGUCUCAUCAUUGCCACGGGUUCGGUGGGAAAGAACUUGGCAAGCAAGACGAACGUGUACGUCUCUAGCAGCGCAGGAGCCCGAUGGCGAGAGGCCCUCCCUGGACCUCACUACUACACGUGGGGAGAUCAUGGAGGCAUCGUCAUGGCAAUAGCCCAAGGCAUGGAGACCAACGAGCUGAAGUACAGCACCAACGAAGGGGAGACAUGGAAAACGUUCGUCUUCUCCGAGAGGCCGGUGUUCGUGUACGGGCUCCUCACGGAGCCUGGCGAGAAGAGCACCGUCUUCACCAUCUUUGGCUCCAACAAAGAGAACGUCCACAGCUGGCUGAUCCUCCAGGUCAAUGCCACGAAUGCCUUGGGGGUCCCCUGCAGCGAGAACGACUACAAGCUGUGGUCCCCGUCUGACGAGCGGGGCAACGAGUGUCUGCUGGGACACAAGACCGUCUUCAAACGGAGGACGCCCCACGCAACGUGCUUUAACGGGGAGGACUUCGACAGGCCGGUGGUCGUGUCCAACUGCUCCUGCACCCGAGAGGACUAUGAAUGUGACUUCGGCUUCAAGAUGAGUGAAGAUUUAUCAUUAGAGGUUUGUGUUCCGGAUCCUGAGUUUUCUGGGAAGUCAUACUCCCCUCCCGUGCCUUGUCCUGUGGGUUCUACUUACAGGAGAACCAGAGGCUAUCGGAAGAUUUCUGGGGACACUUGCAGUGGAGGAGAUGUGGAAGUGCGCCUGGAGGGAGAGCUGGUGCCGUGUCCCUUGGCAGAGGAGAAUGAGUUCAUGCUGUACGCCAUGCGCAAGUCCAUCCACCGCUACGACCUGGCUUCGGGAGUCAGCGAGGAGCUGCCUGUCACCGGGCUGCGGGCCGCCGUGGCCCUGGACUUUGACUAUGAGCACAACUGCUUGUACUGGUCCGACCUGGCCUUGGACAUCAUCCAGCGCCUCUGCUUGAACGGGAGCACAGGGCAAGAGGUGAUCAUCAAUUCUGGCCUGGAGACAGUAGAAGCCUUGGCUUUUGAGCCCCUCAGCCAGUUACUUUACUGGGUAGAUUCUGGCUUCAAAAAGAUUGAGGUAGGGAAUCCAGAUGGCGACUUCCGACUCACCAUCGUCAACUCCUCUGUGCUCGAUCGGCCCAGGGCUCUAGUCCUCGUGCCCCAGGAUGGGGUGAUGUUCUGGACCGACUGGGGAGACCUGCGGCCGGGCAUUUACCGGAGCAACAUGGAUGGCUCUGAUGCCUACCGCUUUGUGUCGGAGGAUGUGAAGUGGCCCAACGGCAUCUCCGUGGACGACCGGUGGAUCUACUGGACGGACGCCUACCUGGACUGCAUCGAGCGGAUCACUUUCGGCGGCCAGCAGCGCUCCAUCAUCCUGGACGACCUCCCACACCCCUACGCCAUCGCUGUCUUUAAGAAUGAAAUCUACUGGGAUGACUGGUCACAGCUCAGCAUAUUUCGAGCUUCCAAAUAUAGCGGGUCCGAGAUGGCGAUUCUGGCAAGCCGGCUCACGGGACCCAUGGACCUGAAGAUUUUCUACAGGGGGAAGACAACCGGGAGCAACGCCUGUGUGUCCAGGCCGUGCAGCCUGCUGUGCCUGCCCAAGGCCAACAACAGCAGAAGCUGCAGGUGUCCAGAGGGCGUGUCCGGGAGCAUCCUCCCGUCUGGGGACCUGAUGUGUGAGUGCCCUCCAGGCUAUCAGCUGAAGAACCACACAUGUGUCAAGGAAGGGAGCACCUGUCUCCGUAACCAGUACCGGUGCAGCAACGGGAACUGCAUCAACAGCAUCUGGUGGUGCGACUUUGACAACGACUGCGGGGACAUGAGCGACGAGAGGAACUGCCCUACUACCGUCUGCGAUCCGGACACCCAGUUCCGUUGCCAGGAGUCUGGGACCUGCAUCCCACUCUCCUACAAGUGUGACCUUGAGGAUGACUGUGGCGACAACAGCGAUGAGAGUCAUUGUGAAAUGCACCAGUGCCGGAGUGAUGAAUACAGUUGCAGCUCUGGCAUGUGCAUCCGCUCCUCCUGGGUGUGUGACGGGGACAACGACUGCAGGGACUGGUCUGAUGAAGCCAACUGUACUGCCAUCUACCACACCUGCGAGGCCUCCAGCUUCCAGUGCCACAAGGGGCACUGCAUCCCCCGGCGGUGGGCGUGUGACGGUGACAUGGAUUGCCAGGAUGGCUCUGACGAGGACCCAGUCAACUGCGAGAAGAAGUGCAAUGGAUUCCGCUGCCCGAAUGGCACCUGCAUCCCGUCCAGCAAACACUGCGACGGUCUGCACGACUGCUCCGACGGCUCCGACGAGCAGCACUGCGAGCCCCUCUGCACUCGCUUCAUGGACUUUGUGUGUAAGAACCGCCAGCAGUGCCUGUUCCACUCCAUGGUGUGUGACGGCAUCGUCCAGUGCCGCGACGGCUCAGAUGAGGAUGUGGCAUUCGCCGGCUGCUCCCAAGGCCCCGAGUUCCACACGGUGUGUGAUGAGCUCAGUUUCCAGUGUCAGAACGGAGUGUGCAUCAGUAUGAUCUGGAAGUGCGACGGGACGGACGACUGCGGCGAUGCCUCCGACGAGGCCAGCUGCGAAAACCCCACGGAGACCCCAAACUGCUCCCGCUACUUCCAGUUCCAGUGUGAGAAUGGCCGCUGCAUCCCCAGCAGGUGGAAGUGUGACCGGGAGAACGACUGCGGGGACUGGUCUGACGAGAAGGACUGCGGAGAUUCACAUAUCCUUCCCUCCCCUACGCCCGGGCCCUCCACGUGUCUGCCCAAUUACUUCCGCUGCAGCAGCGGGGCCUGUGUGAUGGACAGCUGGGUGUGCGACGGGUACCGAGACUGCGCAGACGGCUCGGACGAGGAAGCCUGCCCCUCCCCCGCCAAUGUCACUGCUGCCUCCACGCCCACCCAGCUGGGGCGGUGUGACCGGUUUGAGUUCGAGUGCCACCAGCCGAAGAAGUGUAUCCCCAACUGGAGGCGCUGCGAUGGCCACCGGGACUGCCAGGACGGCCAGGACGAGGCCAACUGUCCCACGCGCGGCACCCUGAUCUGCACCAGCUGGGAGUUCGGGUGUGAGGACGGCGAAGCCUGCAUCGUGCUGUCCGAGCGCUGCGACGGCUUCCUGGACUGUUCAGACGAGAGUGACGAGCAGGCCUGCAGCGAUGAAUUAAACGUAUACAAGAUACAGAAUCUUCAGUGGACAGCUGACUUCUCUGGGGAUGUCACUUUGACCUGGACACGGCCCAAGAAGAUGCCCACUGCUUCCUGCGUGUACGUCGUCUACUACAGGGUGGUUGGAGACAGCAUGUGGAAGACGGUGGAGACCCACAGCAAUAAAACAAACACAGCAUUAAAAGUGCUGAAGCCGGACACCACGUACCAGGUUAAAGUCCAAGUCCAGUGUCUGAGCAAGAUGCACGGCACCAACGACUUCGUGACCCUGAGGACUCCGGAAGGAUUGCCAGAUGCCCCUCAAAACCUCCAGCUGUCACUCCACCGGGAAGCGGAAGGUGUGAUUGUGGGCCACUGGGCUCCUCCCGCCCAUACUCACGGCCUCAUUCGCGAGUACAUUGUAGAAUAUAGCAGGAGUGGUUCCAAGAUGUGGGCCUCCCAGAGGGUGGAGAGCAACUUUACAGAAAUAAGGAACCUGCUGGUGAAUGCUCAGUACACUGUCAGAGUGGCUGCGGUGACGAGUCGUGGAAAAGGCAACUGGAGUGAUUCUAAAACCAUCACCACCAUAAAAGGACAAGUGAUUCCACCGCCGAACAUUCGCAUUGACAGCUAUGGCGAAAAUUCUCUCAGCUUUACCCUGACCAUGGAUAGUGACAUCAAGGUGAAUGGCUAUGUGGUGAACCUCUUCUGGGCAUUCGAUGCCCAUAAACAGGAGAAGAAAACGAUGACCUUCCGAGGGAGUGUACUGUCACACAAAGUCGGCAACCUGACAGCUCAUACACCCUACGAGAUUUCUGCUUGGGCCAAGACCGACCUGGGGGAUAGCCCUUUGGCAUUCCAGCAUGUCACCACCAGAGGAGUCCGCCCACCCGCCCCAAGCCUCAAAGCCAAGGCCAUCAAUCAGACGGCGGUGGAAUGCACCUGGACUGGCCCCAGGAAUGUGGUUUACGGUAUUUUCUAUGCCACGUCCUUUCUUGACCUCUACCGCAACCCCACAAGCUUGACUACUUCACAGCACAACAAAACAGUCCUUGUCAGUAGGGAUGAGCAGUAUUUGUUUCUGGUGCGGGUGGUGGUGCCCUACCAGGGACCGUUCUCUGACUACGUCGUGGUGAGGAUGGUCCCCGACAGCAGGCUUCCUCCCCGUCACCUGCACGUGGUUCGUACAGGCAAAACCUCCGCUGUCAUCAAGUGGGAAUCCCCGUACGACUCUCCUGACCAGGACCUGUUAUAUGCCAUUGCAGUUAAAGAUCUAAUAAGGAAGAGUGACAGGAGCUACAAAGUAAAAUCCCGCAACAGUACCGUGGAAUACACCCUGAACAAGUUGGAACCUGGAGGGAAAUACCACGUCAUUGUCCAGCUGGGGAACAUGAGCAAGGAUUCCAGUAUAAAAAUUACCACUGUUUCAUUAUCAGCACCCGAUGCCUUAAAAAUCAUAACAGAAAAUGACCAUGUUCUCCUGUUUUGGAAGAGCCUUGCUUUGAAGGAAAAGAACUUUAAUGAGAGCAGGGGCUAUGAGAUUCACAUGUUUGACAGUGCCAUGAACAUCACGGCUUACCUUGGGAAUACUACAGACAAUUUCUUUAAAAUUUCCAAUCUGAAGUUGGGUCACAAUUACACUUUCACUGUCCAGGCACGCUGCCUUUUUGGCAGCCAGAUUUGUGGGGAGCCUGCCGUCCUGCUCUAUGAUGAGUUGGGGUCUGGUGGGGACACAUCAGCGAUCCAGGCUGCCAGGUCCACCGAUGUGGCUGCCGUGGUGGUGCCCGUCUUGUUCCUGAUCCUGCUGAGCCUGGGCGUCGGGUUUGCCGUCCUGUACACAAAGCACCGGCGGCUGCAGAACAGCUUCACAGCGUUCGCCAACAGCCACUACAGCUCCAGGCUGGGCUCGGCCAUCUUCUCCUCCGGGGAUGACCUGGCAGUGUGGGUUCAGAGGAGAGAACAGACGGUGACGUUCACUUACUCUGCUAGCACGGGGUGUGGAUAACUCAAACUGGGCAACUAAAACCGCCCAUCGGACUUCUGGGGGAGGACGAUGAAGAUGCUCCGAUGAUAACUGGAUUUUCCGACGACGUCCCCAUGGUGAUAGCAUGAAGAAGCUUUCCUCACUAGAAACCAAAUGGUGUAAAUAUUUUAUUUGAUAAAGAUAGUUGAUGGUUUAUUUUAAAAGAUGCACUUUGAGUUGCAAUAUGUUAUUUUUAUAUGGGCCAAAAAGAAAACAAAACAAAAAAAAAAAAAGUAAAGAAAAGAAUGAAUAAACUUUGUUGGAAUCAACUGUGAACUUUAAACCAGGUUGAUUUUAGUAACCAAACUGCUUUGAUUUGGUAUUAGUGUCGUCUUCCAGGGCUGUGCUUACUGGGCAUGCUUUUAAGUCUGUGAGAUAAUUUUGGUUCAAUAAAUUGGCCAUUCUUUUUAUUUUUCUAAGGCACAGAAAUGUGUUUAAUAAAAACAUCGAGAGAGUGAUGGGCAGAACCCCUUCUCCUUGAAAGUAUGCUCAAGUCUAAAGCUUUGUUUGCAUUUAGUUGCUGUGAAAGUGUUUGGGUGAGUGAUGGGGGCAAGGUUCUUCUAUGUUAUUUUGUUAAUUUAUUGGGACUCUGUAUGGGGCAAGGCUUUAGUGGUCAUCUGACACCACACGUGUUACGAGCCGCUCGCCUGCAGGGUCGGGGGGCGAGGAACAGAAGCUGUUUUGUCACCAGUGCGGAUAUGAUCUCUUUUUAUUCACCCGUGUGUCACCCAGUGGUAUUUGGCAGGAGAGCAUAGUGAGUCAUUGCUCCAUUUCAAUUAAACAAGAGUUGCAGCCUGAGAAGCCCUGCAAGCAACAGCUUCCUCUCUUCCAUGAAUCGAUGGACACUUGCUGGACACGCCUCUGUACAAGAUGCAGCUUUCCAAGCUGCAACAUGAUAACACUGCUGUAUUAUACACUGGUGUCAUUGUCGUUGCAAAAAUUUGCUCUGGUUGUGGGAGAGAGUUCUAGAUCUGUGCCAUGAUAGCUACACUGGCAGAUAUGGUACCUAGUUUUUCCUUUUCUGAUUGUUUGAUUUUUUGUUGUUGUUGUUCUUACUUACCACUGAAGAAUCUCGAAUGUAAAGUUUUGUAUUUGUGUUGAGGUGGCCGCUUACUGUCCUUAAAAAUCCAUACUGAUAUAUGCAGUCAUUUUGAAUUGGGUCAGUGCCUUCCUUCUUUCCUCCUUUCUUCUCUUCUUCCACCUCCCUUGCCUGGACCCCGUCCCCUGACCCCCGCCCAAUUUAAAGAGAAAGCGCUGUUAACUCUUAACAGAGAUGCAGGAGAUGCCCGAGUUUGAGACCCUUCAGCCCAGCCCACAGCGGACACUAGAGUUCAUGUUCUCUGUCAAAUCGGCUGGGCUGUUUCCCUCUGCCUUUCAGUGCCUCCCCUGCAUUCAAGCUGUGGCCACUUGGUAGGUAUGUGGAAUCCGCUGGAGACUGAUGCCCACGCUUUAGAGCUAGUGUUGGAAGCACCGGUGCCUAGCAUUGGUGUGACACCUACUGUAUGCACCCCAGCCAAGAAGCAGUGAGCUCGGGGUGGGGGGGGUCAUGCUUCUGCGUGUGCAUCCUUUAUCCACAAGCUUUGUCACAACCCCAUCUCCUCUUAGAUGUACUGCAUCCCCCUCACAAAGUAUUUGCUUUCUUUUCACCAAAAGUAUCAUUCUUAGGUGAUAAUAUAGUUUUGUUCUGCCUAGGUAGUGUUUGGGAAACAAAGAGCUGAUUAAAUUUUUUUUUAAGUUUAAAAAUUUUAUUUGUGUAUAUAUGUAUAUUUUGAUGGCGGAGUGUUUUCAGUUGUACGCGUUCAGGAUGUCGUGUGGGUGAGGCUCCGUAUCAUUUCAACAAGAGGUUGUAAAAAUAAUGAGCCUUCCUUCCAGCAUGUUUUUUCUUCUUUCCUCUCUCUCUCCUGUGUUAUCUUUUUAAAGACUGGAGUUUCGUUGGCUUUAUCUUGUCUUACUUCGGAGUUUCCUGCAAAACUUCAAGCCCCACCACGUCCCCUUUAAUAAGCACUUUAAGUAACUGAAAGGUUAACGAUCUGGUGGGAGGCAAGUCAUUUAAUCGAACCACUAGAAAGUGUUUUUUCUUCCUUUCUUUUUUCUGCCAACUUUUUGGUGGCAUUUGUGAAAGCUGAUAUAAAAGGCUCUGAGACUUUAUAUUCAUUUUUCCCACAGGCAAGCCUUUGUACAGAGCAUAUGUCUCCGGUUGGCAACUUGAGAUAUUUCUGAGCAUCCAGUUCUCACUCCCAGUGCCUCCCAAUGCUUAGUGCACCGUACUGUACAGACUGGCCAUCACCCCUCUCCUUGGAAAAUGCCACUGGGCUGUUUGAGGAAAAGCAGCCUUUUAGGGCUAGAGUAUUUUAUAUAAACAGAAGAGCUAAAUUCCUGAAUAGAUGCAGCUAUGUGUAAAUUGUAUAUUUUUAUGAACUCUUGAGGCAUGCACUCCACUCCCCUCUGCGCAGCGCUGUGAGGUUUGGAUGUAUAUGUAUACGCCGUCUGCAAGAGUCCAGAGGUUGGAGUGACCAUAGAAAAUGAGAAGAAAAACUACAUGGAACCUUUGCAGGGGACCAGAUCAUUGUCUUCACUGUGACCAAUUGGAGCCCCUGGUUGUUUUAGGAAGAAGGAAGGGGCUUUUGUACCUCACUGGAGGUGCUACCUCCAAAGUUCACACUGUACAGGGAAAAGGUUUUAUUUCCUCCCAGGAUGCACUAGAACGUCAGAAGCCCACGUUUGUGCGCCCGUGACGGACCACGAGUGGGCGGCGACAGUUUGGUGGGCAGGGGGAUUGUGUACAGAUUUUCUCUGGAAGCGGGUUUGCCCCUUUAUGUAUUGAAUGCCCUUCAAGCCUUAUGAGAUGUGGGUCCACGUGGGUAAAGUAACAGAGUAGAGUUCUGCAGAGGAGUCCGGGGGGAGGCCACACCUACGCAGACCCUUUUCCAGACAGGUGGGGAGUGUCGGUGACUGCUGGCUGCCCUGGCAGGCUGGGUGGAUCGUUACAAAGCUGGGUAACUGGUUGGCACUUGUGACUUUGGGAAGAGGGGUUUCUCAGGUUCCAUCCCUGGUCGUGUCACUGGGGGUGUUUGGAUGGGACAGGUGUGAGACACAAGCUGUGUGUUCUCUCUGCCCAUCGUGUGUAAUGCACUAGAUUAAGCUCUACUUCAGCAAUUUAAGGAACGUACCCCUUCCCAAACCCAUGGACAUUUGGUGGGGGGCAGGCACUGAAGACUCCUGCCUUCAGAGAGCCACCCACCGGUCGCUCUCCAUCUAGUGAGAUCCUCCUGUCCGGUUUGGUUGGUCACUUUCCCACUAAGGACAUCGUGGUGAAUCCCUGAGAUGUUUGUCUUCCUUCGGCAGAGAGUCGGGAGGUCCCUCAGAGAAGGGAUUCAGGGGUAUCAGCAAACGGAACACCCAUCUCCAUAUUGAUUUUAGGAACUGACUCUAAAACUCUGUGCGGGAUCUUCACUUGUGUUGGGGCUGUAUCGACAUUCCUAUUAGAUUAUUUUUCUUAAAGGAAGUGUGUGCUGCCUUUCAGGUACAAUUUUUGUGUAAUAAAAGCCAGUGCAUUAAGUUUAUAUAGACUACUUUCUAUGCAAGACUGAGAGAUGGAAAUGGAACAGAUGGCAAGAGGUUACGUGUACUGUUGGCUACACGGACAAUAAGCAUGUUUUCAGAAGGGGUACCACCAGCGAACAUGGGUCAAGGGAGAACAGGAUGUAGAUAUGUUUCUGCCCACUCAUUUUGAGCAGCCAUAUUAUGAAUUAAAUCAUCAGAGCCAAGUAACCCAAGAGUGGUAUUAGUCUCAUGUGUAAUAGCUCAAAUGGGUCAAGUCUGAAGGCUGAAGAGGAACAUUAUUCUCAGAGAUUCCAUGUCAUUUCUCAUUGAAAGACUCUUGUUAUGAAUUAUUAGAAACUUUAGGCAAAAUCAAAGGCAUUUGCAGCAAAAUAAAGGCCUACUCUGCUCUUAUUUAAAGUGAAACACUGUAUCCUUGUUUCUCUCCAAAGUGAAAUUAGAUGCUUAUGAUUUCAGCUGCCUUGAUAAGUUUCCAAAUCACUUGAUUGAUGCUGAAGAUUUUACUGUUAUUGUCGCACAGUUUUAAGAUCACUUUUGUCUCAAUGUCAACUUUUUUCACUGAAUAAAAACCUAACUGGGUCAAGAAAACACCUAUUUGAAAAUCCA